AUGCUGACAACUGACAACUCCAUUGACGCCAAGGGGUUUAAACUCACCUGGACGAAAUUGCUCCCACUUGAUGAAAAUGGUGAAGGUGGUGUUGCGUACAGCUACAUUCACAUCGGCAUGGGGAUUCUACUGACAAUCGUUCUGCUUGCAUGUCUUACACUUUACGUUGUGUACCGGGAACGACGAAGAAAGCGCAAGAAGAUCCAUGAUCCCUUGGACAACAUCGCAGUCGACGAGGACUACUCUGAUAACGUCUACAGUUCAUUUAAGGGAGCUAACACCAAAACGAGGUGUUCUCCUUCUCUCAAGAGCUUCGUUGACGAUGCUCCCCCCGCGUUCCAUCACUGCCACCACCUGUCUAGGAGUCAGGCUCACCUUCCAGCACACCAAAACGGUGGAACAGUUGACCCUCCGUUGUGCCGUCACCACUCUCUUCACAGAGGUUUGUCCCACACGCAUCUUCCAGGGCCUGCGCCACAAACGUUCUGUGUCCAUAGUAGCAAUCACUCCAUUAAAAGCCAUCUCCACGACUCCCCUGUGAUGUCUUCUAGCGGUUUGGGGAGUGGUGUGGAUUGCCAUCACCCCACCUGUCCUCGCGGUCACCCCCUCGUGCUCAUUCCGUCGCCUCCGUUACCACCGCAAUCAUCGGCUUACAAUGAAAUGCAGCCUCUGCACAAUCACAUCCACUCACCAAGGGUUCAGUCUUAUGAGGGUAAAACGAGGGAAAAAACACAGAAGAUUUCUAUUGUUUGA